GCUUUCAGGAAGUUGGAAACUCGGUCAGUACGGCUCGUGGCGUUGAAGAGGUAACACCCAUUCCCCGCAUCACACAGACCAUCAAAAUGUUCAACCAAAGCUUCAGCAUCCGCAGUGGCGUCUUGGCUGCCGUUCUUCUGCUCAUCGUUGUAGCGAUGCAGACAACGGCAUCACCUGUUGCUAAAAGGGACAUUGGUGGCUUACUCGAGGGAAAAGAUAAAAGACCAUUUUGCAACGCUUUUACAGGAUGCGGCAAAAAGCGCUCCGACGCCAGCGUGGAAGCACUUGCAUCAGGAACCGAGUUGGACGACCUCGCCAAGCACGUUCUGGCAGAAGCCAAGCUCUGGGAACAACUUCAGAACAAGAUGGACGUGAUGCGCUCCCUGGCCGCUCGUAUGGACGAGCAGCGACCCCUUUACAGGAGGAAACGAUCCCCAGCAGCAGCCCCUGAGCCCCGCCAACAGUUAGCAGCAUCCUCACAACAACAGCAGCCCAAGGCCCAGUAGAAGAAAGAAGACAUCACCAGUAUACUCGGCAUGUCUUGUAACGAGUCUCCCAUCAUCAUCUAACCCAUUUGUUUAAUCGUGUUGUUCAGUGGUUGGCCGACGGUUCUUCCACUUAUACUCUUGACACUAGUGGAUGGGCAGCGGUUCUUCCACAUAUUACUCUUUUGAAGCCUACUGGAUCGUCUUUGGCACUCCGCAUCCCUCCCUGAAGCCUACUAGAUCGCCGUUGGCCUCCAUCGUACCUCCUCCCUGUUUACAACCGUUCAGGGCUCGUCAUUAUUACCACGACGCACAGUUACAAAAUCCAUUCACUAAAAAGUUGAGUGUUUUAUUCGACUCGUUUCAGAUGGAGGGGAUAAGAUGCACGCAGUUUGGGCUUAUCGCAUUUGUCAUUACCGAUCAAUUUGUGGACGUCUUGGGUUUUUAACUCUUACUUUUCGCUUUCAUGUAGUGGUGUUGGCUGUUAACUUCUGUUUUGGUUUUUUGGUGACGGUACAAAUUCUAAGGGUAUUUUCUAAGAAAUUCUAAAGCCAUUCCAGCGACUUGCAUACGUUUCAGCAGAAAAAAAAUAUAUACAUAAUCUGGGAUGGCACAUUAUAUGUGGCAGAAAUGCAAAUGGCUUGGAAAAUAUGGAUACUGCCUCCUUGUUAGCCAGCUGUAUUUCUGUCUUGAUGAAGUAGCACUAUGUGAAUCGGUGUUCAGACGAAAUAGAGCUGUCAGUUCCUCCU